AUGCAGAUCGGCUGGGGGUACAACUCCGAGAGCUGCAAGGCCGCGUGCGCUGGCUCCCCGUACAUGGCCCUGCAGGGCGGGGGCUGGUGCUUCUGCGGCACGUCCCGCACGCAGGGCGGGCUCUCCAAGAGGCUCCGCGACGAGGACUGCUGGCCCGCCUGCGCGGGCGAGAGUGCCAUGGAGCCAGCACGGCCAUGCGGCGGCUACCUCAGCAAUGCCGUCUACGCCCUGGACGAUGUGCAGCACAGGGCCGCGAGGACGCACCGUGAUGGGGAGAUGGCUGUCGCGUACCUUGCAAUGCCGAUUGUGCCAGUCGCGUUCGUGCUCAUGGCUCUGUGUGUGGCACCUUCGCGCCGGGCAGGCUCCGGGGCAUCUGCCACCUGA